CACGCCGAACACGCAGCCCCCUCCCGCCUGAGUGACAACUGGCCAGCGUACUCUCAGCUGAUGUCCCUUUAAAACUCGAAUCCAAGGGGGUAAUGAUUUAUCAAACUUGUAUUAUCAAGAAAAUGUCAAACGAAGGGCACCUUGCUUUGCACUGACGCAAACCCGGCCUUUCCCAAGGAGAUAUAGAAAGCGCCUCUCUUGCUGGAGCCAAACCCAGUCUUGUCAAUAGCUGGUUUCACUCUCUACUCGUUGAAUCUGUUGCCCGCUUCAGACAUGGAUUGCAGUGCUCCCAAGGAAAUGAAUAAACCACCAGCCAACAGCCUGGAGGUGGCGGUGCCCCCGGGCCACCACGAUGGCCCGUGCGCGCCCAGGACGAGCCCGGAGCAGGAGCUUCCCGCGGCCACCGCCGCGCCGCCGCCGCGUGUGCCCAGGUCCGCUUCCACCGGCGCACAAACUUUCCAUGCCCCCGACGCGCGAGCCUGCGAGGCCGAGCGGCCCGGAGGAGCGGGGGCUUGCAAACUGAGUAGCCCUCGGGCGCCGGCGGCCUCGGCGGCUCUGCGGGACUGGAGCGAGGCGCACGGUGCGCAGGCCGCCCCUCCUUCAGGGGGAGCCGGGCCCGGCAAUGCGCUGCCUUGUAAGAUUCCAGCCCUGCGGGGCCCGGAGGGGGAUGCGAAUGUGAGUGUGGGCAAGGGCACCCUGGAGCGGAACAAUACCCCGGCCGUAGGCUGGGUGAAUAUCAGCCAGAGCACCGUGGUGCUGGGCACGGAUGGAAUCACGUCCGUGCUCCCGGGCAGCGUGGCCACCGCUGCCGCCCAGGAGGACGAGCAAGGGGAUGAGAAUAAGGCCCGAGGGAACUGGUCCAGCAAACUGGACUUCAUCCUGUCCAUGGUGGGGUACGCAGUGGGGCUGGGCAAUGUCUGGAGGUUUCCCUACCUGGCCUUCCAGAACGGGGGAGGUGCUUUCCUCAUCCCUUACCUGAUGAUGCUGGCUCUGGCAGGGUUGCCCAUCUUCUUCCUAGAAGUGUCCCUGGGCCAGUUUGCCAGCCAGGGGCCGGUGUCUGUGUGGAAGGCCAUCCCAGCCCUGCAAGGCUGUGGCAUCGCAAUGCUGAUCAUCUCCGUCCUAAUAGCCAUAUACUACAAUGUGAUUAUUUGCUACACACUUUUCUACCUGUUUGCCUCCUUUGUGUCUGUGCUGCCCUGGGGCUCCUGCAACAACCCUUGGAACACGCCAGAAUGCAAAGACAAAACCAAACUUUUACUAGAUUCCUGUGUGAUCAAUGACCAUCCCAAAAUACAGAUCAAGAACUCAACUUUCUGCAUGACCGCCUAUCCCAACUUGACAAUGGUUAACUUCACCAGCCAGGCCAAUAAGACGUUUGUCAGUGGGAGUGAAGAGUAUUUCAAGUACUUUGUGCUGAAGAUUUCUGCAGGGAUUGAGUAUCCUGGCGAGAUCAGGUGGCCACUAGCCCUCUGCCUCUUCCUGGCUUGGGUGAUUGUAUAUGCCUCCUUGGCGAAGGGAAUCAAGACUUCAGGAAAAGUGGUGUACUUCACAGCCACGUUCCCAUAUGUUGUGCUCGUGAUCCUUCUCAUCCGAGGAGUCACCCUGCCCGGGGCCGGCGCUGGGAUUUGGUACUUCAUCACACCAAAGUGGGAGAAACUCACGGAUGCCACGGUGUGGAAAGACGCUGCCACUCAGAUUUUCUUCUCUUUAUCUGCUGCAUGGGGAGGCCUGAUCACUCUCUCUUCUUACAACAAAUUCCACAACAAUUGCUACAGGGACACGCUGAUUGUCACCUGCACCAACAGCGCCACCAGCAUCUUCGCCGGCUUUGUCAUCUUCUCAGUCAUCGGCUUCAUGGCCAACGAACGCAAGGUGAACAUCGAGAACGUGGCCGACCAAGGGCCAGGUAUUGCAUUCGUGGUUUACCCAGAGGCCUUAACCAGGCUGCCCCUGUCUCCCUUCUGGGCCAUCAUCUUUUUCCUGAUGCUCCUCACUCUUGGACUUGACACUAUGUUUGCCACCAUCGAGACCAUAGUGACCUCCAUCUCGGACGAGUUCCCCAAGUACCUGCGCACACACAAACCGGUCUUUACCUUGGGCUGUUGUGUUUCCUUCUUCAUCAUGGGCUUCCCAAUGAUCACCCAGGGUGGAAUUUACAUGUUUCAGCUUGUGGACACGUACGCCGCCUCCUAUGCCCUCGUCAUCAUCGCCAUCUUUGAGCUCGUGGGGAUCUCCUAUGUGUACGGCUUGCAAAGGUUCUGUGAAGAUAUCGAGAUGAUGAUUGGAUUCCAGCCAAACAUUUUCUGGAAAGUCUGCUGGGCCUUUGUGACUCCAACCAUUUUAACUUUCAUCCUCUGCUUCAGCUUCUACCAGUGGGAGCCCAUGACCUAUGGCUCUUACCGGUACCCGAGCUGGUCCAUGGUGCUUGGUUGGCUCAUGCUUGCCUGCUCCGUUAUUUGGAUCCCGAUUAUGUUUGUCAUAAAGAUGCAUCUGGCUCCUGGCAGAUUUAUUGAGAGGUUGAAGUUGGUGUGCUCGCCGCAGCCGGACUGGGGUCCCUUCUUAGCUCAGCACCGUGGGGAGCGUUACAAGAACAUGAUCGACCCCUUGGGGACCUCUUCGCUGGGACUCAAACUGCCAGUGAAGGAUUUGGAACUAGGCACCCAGUGCUAGUCCGAUGGCAUGGGAUGGCCCAGACUUGAUUCUCUUUCUCCUCUCUGCCUUUUCCUGAUGCUUUCCCCAGCCGUCUUCCCAUUUGUCUUCUUCCUUCUCCGCACAUCUCGGUUCAUACCUGUGCAUGAGAGUGAUGACUUAGAAAAGUAGGACAUAGUGUUGCAUGCUGUAGCCGAGAGCCAGACGGGGCUCGGUUUGCCUGCGUCCACGCUGUCAGUUUUCAGUGGGCUUUGCCUCACAGGCUCGAAUCAAUGAGGGGAGCGCCUCCCAGCCAAGUCACGUGUAGAUGUCCGUGAGUUGGUCCGUAGGGAAGCCUCCUCUGUGACUGUCACUGGUGGGGCCAGUCAGGCUGAUGCAGGAUAACCAGACGGUUGGUUUGGACUCAUCUGAGCCAUGUCGUGGUUUCGUCCAGGCACACACAGUUGAGGACACGGUACCUCUGGAGGGUGGGCAGUGGUCAGAGAAUGUUUUCAAGUAAGAUGAGGCCGGUGGAUUCAGACACCCCCAAGGUGAUGAAGUUCCCAUUUCCAUCCAUGACUGGGGCUCUGUUUCCAUCACUUGGACAAACUAUCUCAAGGACUCACAGGCUUUCUCUCUGCAAGCUGAGACCCUCAAUGAAGAGUCAGCUCUGUUCCCUCAGUUGGUUUUUUUUUUAAUGACCAUAGUUGUGAAUUCUUUGGGUCCUUUCCUCUACCUCUGCAUCAUAUUAUUUGUGCCAGAUGUCACAGUCAUACCAGAGUGCCCUUGUAGUUUCUCCGGAGGCCUAGUACCGUGGUUCAGUGUCACAUCACACGUGUCUUCUCAUCCAGAUGUCUUUCUGUGACCUUGUCGCUCAGAAACACACUUACCCUGGUUCUGUCUGUCUGUUACAUAUAUCAGACACAAACUCUCGAAAGACAGAUCAUGUCUCAGUUGUUACACUUCAGUUUUUCACUCACAGUUAAUGCCAGUUGAAGCUAUUGAAUCAAAGAAGUGGAGAGUUGAAGAGAAAGCAACCAUAAUACUCACUGCACUUUAGGUCACUGUAGGUACAGAAGUUUCUGAAAGAUGCAGGUUAGGUAAGUAGCAGGUGAGCCAAUUAGAGCUACUGCUUUUAAGACUACACUUAGCUGAUACCAUUUGAAGAGUUCCCGAUUCACAAUACUCAUAAUCACACUCUAAUGAGAGCGGAUCAUAUGUCUACAGAGAUUGGCGAAGCUGAAACCUCUAUUGUCUUCUUGUAUCCUGAACAUGCAUAUAUGAGAUUUUUUAAAUGUGAUAUGUGUUCACGUAGUGUGUACUUGUAAUGGUGUUUUCUGUCCUUGUAAAUAUCUUAUGAAUCACUGUAGAGAUGGUGAGUAUAGUAUAGUAUAGUCUUUUUUUUUUUUCCCUUACAGUAAUAAUAUCUAAACUUAAAAUUGUUUCCUUAGGGGAGACCAUUGCAAUCAUUUUCUUAUUUGUUUGUGUUCAUAUUUCAGGGUCUCAGGCAAAAUUUUCAGUUCAAAUCUUGUAUAUUGAUGUGACAUUUUCAUCCUUUUCAACAGUAACGAAACCCAACAACAGACCUUAAAGUAAUACUUUUUUAAAAAAUAACUUCAUUUGUUAAAGAAAAAAAAAUAGCUCAUCUUACUGAGCUCUUUCUUUUCUGGGGCAGAUAUCAUUGUCAUUUGCCAUGUGAACUUCCGGUUUUGAAGAGUAGUCUGUGGAAACUUUCCAAAAAGGAAGCGCAGAUGGGUUUCGAACUUCAGGUUUUUCAUCUCUUUUGUUUUCAAGGCGUGUUUGUUCUUCCUCCUCCUGUUCCUUUUUUCUGCUUGCUUGCCUCCCAAAGCUAGAACUUACUGGAAUCCAUCACAGAGAUUAAACCCUAAGCUUCCCCUAGACUUAGCUUUAGGAAACUGAGCCAUGACCUUCCUGCCCAUGUUUCCCAUAGUGACAUGUCCAGCAUUAACAUUGGUUUCCCCGAGAAAGCCAUAUUGAAGAGAAGUCCCCAGGGCUCUAGCAGAUCCCGCACGGUGGUACCAAAAAUUAGCCUCUCCCCUUGGUAUCUGACGGGGUGGGAGAGGAAGGGAGGACUAGCUUUGGUUUGGAAAGGAUCUGCAGCCUUUCCAAUUUGAACAUUGAAGAAAAGCACUGAAAUCAAUUGGCACCCUCCCAUGGGAACGAUGGGUUUCCAUCAGGAUGCGUGGCUUCUGGCUUUCCUCUCUUGCCUCUUGGCUAAAGUUUGAGUCGGAUGCUGGAUGCCAACCCAAUUUCUGUUAAUUGUUGCUGUUGUGAUUAAAAAGGGGAUGAGGUGAACUCAUGGAUGCUGCCAGAUUUGUUCUGUACACACCGCAAGUUCGAUUCAUUAUGAGAAUGGGGACAGCCUCACUAACUAGUGCAUUUUGCACUUUGCAUUUGUGUUCAUUACAGUUUGUCCAGUUAAGACCCAGGGGCUGUUCUCUGAGCAACUGGGUUUAUGUGUGUGUGUCUGUCUGUAUUUUUAAAACUUUUUUCCUAUAGCGUCCAAAUUUUGUGUACAGUGUCCUUAAAGGUGGAAGGUUCUGAGCUUAUCUGGGAAUGGUUACCUUGUGAAUUUAGUUUUGUCUCUUUCUACAGUCUUGUUUAACUUUUGAGGCUUUCCUUGCCAGAGUAGUGCUGGGUAUCUGAGUUGUCUCCACUCAUGGCCAGUCUGCUCAUGCUGUGCCUCCGCUAGGCUUGGCUGGGAUGCUAAGAGCUGAGAUGCAUAUGACCACAUGGAUGUUUCCAUGCUAUUGAAAUGCACAGUCAAGUGGAAGGAAAAAAAUGAAUGAAUAAAAAUGAAAUGAACAGCAUUGUCAUAAAGCGCGACUUGAGAAUGGAGACAAAAGCCAAGUUGUUGAGGAAAGGCUUGCAUUGGUUUACUGUGCAGAAUGGUGGGGUGUUUUCUACUUGUGAAAUUGUUUCCUGAUACCAACAAAUGCCAGAAACCCAUUCCGAGAAAAAAAAAAAAAGCCAUAUGUUAAAAACAGUAACCCUGUAAUAUCCUUAAAAGAGAAAAAUAUGUGUAUGUCUUAACAAUUGGUGUUGUGGCUU